CCUGGAACAAAUUCUCAUUUCCUCACUCUCUCCUCUUCGUCCGCCACAUCGUUACGUCUGUUGCCGCCAUGUCUGGUGAAGGAGAAGAUGGCAGCAUUCUCGAGAAGCUGGACCAGGUCGUCCCGGCCCCUCUCGCCCAAUUCGACGCCUUCUCCAAGGUCCCGUCGUCAUACAAAUCGCAGUCGGACUCGCGCGGGUUCCUUACCCUCUUCGUCGCCUUCGUCACGUUCCUGCUCAUGCUGAACGAUAUCGGGGAGUAUGUCUUCGGAUGGCCGGACCAUGAAUUCAGCGUCGAUACCGUCCAAGGCAGUUUUAUGAAUAUUAACGUGGAUAUGGUCGUUGCUAUGCCUUGCUCGUUCCUCAGCGUCGAUCUCCGCGACGCCAUCGGCGACCGUUUGUUCUUGAGCUCGACACGCAGUAUCCGCCGUGAUGGGACGAAGUUCGACCUCGGCCAAGCCACGGCUUUGCAUUCCAGGGAGCACACCAAGGCCUUGUCAGCCCGCCAAGCUAUCGCCCAAUCCCGCAAGUCGCGUGGCCUCUUCGGAGGACUGUUCCGGUGGGACACCACGCCGCACAUGCCGUCAUACAAGCACGAGCCCGACGCCAAGGGUUGCAGGAUCUCGGGAAUGCUAGAGGUCAAGAAGGUUACGGCCAACUUGCACAUUACGACGCUGGGGCAUGGCUAUGCAUCUCACCAGCAUGUAGAUCACACGCUGAUGAAUCUCUCGCAUGUUAUCACGGAAUUCUCUUUCGGGCCCUACUUCCCGGAGAUCGUCCAGCCUCUGGAUAACUCUUUUGAAGUCACCACAGACCACUUUGUGGCAUAUCAGUACUUCCUGCAUGUCGUUCCCACUACUUACAUUGCACCCCGCUCUUCCCCGUUGCACACAAACCAGUACAGCGUCACUCACUACACCCGCGUUUUCGGCCCGCACGACGGCACUCCCGGCAUCUUCUUCAAGUUUGACCUGGAUCCUAUGAGUUUGACUAUCCACCAGCGCACCCCGAGUUUCAUCCAGUUGCUCAUUCGGCUGGUCGGUGUGAUUGGAGGUGUCUUUACCUGCAUGUCGUGGAGUAUCAAGGCCGGCUCCGCUGCGGUUGCAGCAGUUGUUGGAGAGUCGGAAGAUGAAAUCACACCAGCGGCUGCGAGUACCGGCGCUUCGACUCUCCGGGGCAAGUUCAGUGGCUCGUCCCUCCGGUCCAGGCCGAAGUCGAUCGGAAAGAUGAUUCCACAAGGUGGUGGAUGGGUCAUGGAGGGUACUCCCGGCUCGCCCUAUAGCGGGACCCCCGUCUCUGGGUCCUUCCCCUCCUCGCCGUAUGCAACGCCAUCCCCGUACAUCAACUCACCAUACACGUCGCAACCGAGUUCUCCCAUGCCCGGCAGUGCGUCGUUUGGCCCGCCUCCCAGCGCCGGCCCGCCGCGCUCCGGUCACAUCCGUACCAAUUCGAUGGCAGCGUUGUCGCCCGCGUCUGCCAAUUUGGGAAGUCCCCGGCCGAGGCCAGUUAGCAUCAACGGUGCUCUGUCCGUCACCAGUCCGCUCGGCACUGGAGGAUACGCCCAGAACGGACCCAGUCUCCCCGGAACGCCGCAAUACGGCAUGUUCCCCCCGACCCCGAACCCCACUGCCGGUUUCAGCAUUCCUCCGCCCCCUAAAAGAGACGGCAAGAAGGAUGACUAGGGUGCAGACUUUUGCUGUGUUUGUCCUUUCAGAGGGUGUAAAAUAUGGUGGGUGUGGUAUAUAUGUGUAUGCGAUGCACCAAUGAAUAGCUUUCGUUUACCCUGGGGGGCCAACCUGCCGUAGUGUUUGCGUUCUUCGGAUCGUCACAGCUUAGAGCUCGAUACAUGACAGAAUACUUACAUUAGCUCUGCGUACAAUUCAUG